AUGGCUGAAGACAAUCAACAACAACAAAUACCACCCAACUAUGUUCAAUUCAUGGAACAAAACCAACACAUGCUCACCAACAUGAUGACUGCCUUCAUUCAGGCACAAAAUCAAGCACCUGCUGUCAAGUUGCCAACACCACCUACAUACAGUGGCACUCGCAAUGCAAGUGAAAUUGAUGCCUGGACUCGUUUGAUUGACAAACAAAAGCUGCACAACAGCUGGAAUGAAGAACGCACCUACAAUUUUGCCUCUUCUUUGCUAUCUGGACGUGCUGCCACUAUUGUUGCCCAUUAUGAAGAUCCCGACAGUAAUCUUACCACACCUACAACGUGGAUGGAGCUGAAGGACAUUUUGAUUAGCAAUUUCCGUCCCACCAACGAUCAAGAUUUGGCCCGUGAUGUUUUGGUCACCAUUCGCCAAACCAGUUCAAUUCGGGAUUAUGUGGAUCGUUUUAUGGAUGCUGUCAUUCCCAUCAAGGAUAUUAGUGAACGUGAGCAAUGUGAUCGUUUCAUGAGAGGUUUAAAGGACAAGGAAUUGAUUGCCAAAAUUCGCGCCAUGCCUAUUGAAUCACGUACGUUGGAGAAGCUGUUCUCUGAUGCUCUGGCUCAUGAAUUCGCCCACCAUCCGGAGAUCAGUGCUGGUGUUCAGACAAACACUAGAUACAAUAACAACAACGGUGAUGUACAGCCUAUGGACCUAGAUGCCAUCAUGCAUCGUAACAACGACAACAACAGUAACAGCUACAGCAACAACAACAACAGAAACAGAAAUAACAACAGGAGAAACAACAAUAAUCGCGGCCGUAAUAGGUAUGAUCCCAGCCUCACAUGUUUUCACUGCAAGAAAGUUGGACAUACCACCAAGAAUUGCCUCUCCCGUGCCACUGAAAUUAUGCAUGCAUUUGACAAGUUGGAUCUGGACACUAGACGCAAGCUUUUCAAGAAUGUUGGUGUUUUGAACUGUAUUUUGGAUGUUGAAUACAGAGAAGAGGAUAACCAUGGUUGUGAUUGCAACCAAUGUCAAAGUAGUAAUAAAGCUAGUGGUUCCUCUUACCUGUUGUCCCUGUGUGAUAAAAUUGCGGUUGAGAAAAGAAACGCACAGAUGGAUGAAUUGAAUCAAGUCAUUGCCAUGAUGGAUUCCUCUGUUGCGUCUUCUCCUGCUUUGGCUUCUGUGCCUGUUACUACCCCGGAUAAUGUCUCUGUACCUGUGCCAGACAACAAUCCAGUGGUGAAUUUAAACCCUGUCGUUGCGAACUCAAAUACUCGUCGUCCUGUGGAAUUGUCUCCUAUCAUUCAAGAUUUGGAUACGUCAACCACCAUUGACCUCACCACUGACUCUGUGUACCUGACAAAUUUAUUGAAUGCAGCAAAUACCUCAACUCUACCUUUGUAUGGAGCAACCGUCAGACUCAACCAUUCUCUGGGUGUAGUCAAAGUCAAGUGCCUAAUUGACAAUGGUGCUAGUGAAAACUACAUCUCAGGUAGAAUUGCAAACAUGAUUGAAGGCCAUCGUAGCGUGAUCCAUGGAAGAGAGGUUGAAACUGCAGGUGGCAAUGUAUCUCCUAUUAAUGAAAAGAUUGUCUACGAUUUGAAUUUGCAAGGUCAUACAAGCCCAAUGUCAGCAUUCGUCUUUGAUACAAAGUUCGAUGUCAUUCUUGGUAGAUCCUGGCUCAAGGAACACAAGCCUGUUGCAGAUUGGUUUGAUGAUACGUGGACCUUGUCUUGUUGUGGUCCUGGUAAAACCACUAUCUCACCCACGUCGUCUUCCUGUGUGUCAAGCACACCAACUCAACAACCGCCUGAAUUAAAUUACUUGGUAUCUCAUCUUCAAGCAGAGAAAAUGUUGAAGGAGGAAGGCACAAAUGCAUGUUUCUUGUACAUGAUGGAUCAAGGAGAGAAGGAUGGCGCAAGUACUGGAAUUACUCAAGAGAAUGUGGUAUGGACAGAUCAACUGAUGAAGGAUUUUCCAACGGUUUUUCAAGACAAAUUACCUGGCCUACCACCCAACAGACAAAAUUUCUCACAUGUGAUCAACGUUCCUGAAGGUGUCAAUCCCAUCAACAGACCUCCUUUUCGUAUGAGUCCAGCUGAACUUGAUGAAUUGCAGCGUCAACUGACCGAACUGCAAUCUCUGGGCCUCAUUCGACCAUCGUCGUCACCAUGGGGUGCUCCGGUAUUAUUCGUCAAGAAGAAAAAUGGUGAAAUGCGAAUGUGCAUUGACUACCGCGCUCUGAACAAGGUCACUAUUCGCAACUCUACCCCUUUGCCUCGCAUUGAUGAAUGCCUGGAUCGUUUGCAAGGCGCUUCGUGGUUCACUUGCCUGGAUCUUCGUUCCGGCUACCACCAAAUUAGGCUAAAAGACUCUGAUAUCCCACUUACUGGAUUUAAUACCCGAUAUGGUAAAUGGGAAUGGCUCGUGCUGCCUUUCGGACUUUCAAAUUCUCCACCCAGUUACCAAACUUGGAUGAACGGAGUUUUAAAAGAUUGCAUUGACAGAUUCGCUUUGGUUUACUUGGACGACUGUUGCAUCUUUAGCAAGACAUUAGAAGACCAUAUCAAGCAUGUUCGUCAAGUACUCUCCAUCUUUGAAAAGGAAGGGCUCAUUGUCAACUUGAAGAAAUGUGAAUUCGGUAAGCGUGAGCUAGAAUUUCUGGGUUUCAAGGUCUCCGCGAAUGGUAUUUUACCAUCGUCAUCGAAAGUGAAAGCUAUCCAAGACUGGCCAAGACCUACUAAUGUGCAAGAGGUGCGUCAAUUUGUUGGAUUAGCACAGCAUUAUCGCCGUUUCUGCCCGAACUUCUCUUCUGUGGCUGCUCCUCUUACUGAAUUGACUCAUGGUAAUGGUGCUAAGAAACGUGCUAUUGUCUGGAAUGAUCAAUGUGAAGUUAGUUUCAAAGCUAUCAAACAAAUGCUAACAUCAUCUCCUUUAUUGAAACUACCUGAUAUGAGCAAGCCAUACCGCAUUGAAACCGAUGCAAGUGACUUUGGAGUAGGCGCCGUGCUUUUACAGGAGGAUCCUGAUUCUUCUACUUGGUUGCCAAUUGCGUAUGAAUCCAAGAAAUUAUCUCAAGCUGAACAAAAAUUGCCUGCCCAGGAACGUGAACUAAUUGCUAUCAUCCAUGCUUUGAGAACAUGGCGAUGUUUUGUGGACGGUUGUCAAGGUGGUUAUACUGUGUAUAGUGAUCACAAGCCUCUGAUCUACUUCAAGUCUCAACUGAACCCAACACCUCGUCUUGUUCGUUGGAUUGCAGAUUAUGAGGCAUUCUCGCCAAAUAUCGAGUACAAAGCUGGAAAAGACAACGAAGUGGCGGAUGCUCUCUCAAGAAAACCAGAUUUACUUGUGGAAAAUGGAGAGAAUAUACCUUCGUUGGCACCUGAAUACUUAUAUGCUGCUUGGGAUCAGUUGUCUGAUACUAUCAAGACUGAUUGGCCUAUUCUGUAUGUCGACAAGAACUACGAAAAAAUGAAAUCAGAUGCAUUGCGAAAACGCAUGGAAAAGGAGGAGGAUCAGUUUGUGGUACGCCAAAGAACAGUGUAUCGACUAGUCAAGAUGGAGGAUGGAAGCAUAAAGCAAGUCAAAUUUAUUCCGUUCUCGGAUCGUGCUGAUUUGGUUUUCAAGUAUCAUGAAGCUUUUGGCCAUGCUGGUAUCAAGACUAUGCUAAAAAUGUUCACUGAAAGGUACUGGUGGCCAGGUUUGCGAAAGGAUAUUCAAGACUGGCUGAAAACUUGUACUGCUUGUCAGCUGAAUAGUCGCCGUGAUCAGGUUCAUCAAGAUGUUGUAAUGAAAUAG